GUGUUGGGGGGACUGGCAGAGGGUGUCCCGACUCCCCUUUCUGGACUUCCUGGGGGAUGACCCCUGUGCCGGGCCUGGCGCCGGCCGCCUGAUGCAGGGCUGGCUGAGCUGGGGAUGCUGGAACGAAGGGCGUUGCUAUGGCAACGGGAGGCAGGGCCUGGGGGGGACCGGGCCCGGGCUGGGGCCGGGGGGGCCGGCAGUGGCUUUGGCGGGGCUAUGGCGGAGCGCGGCCCGGCCUUCUGCGGCCUCUACGACACGUCCUCGCUGCUGCAAUACUGCAACGAUGACAAUCUGUCCGGCACGAGCGGCAUGGAGGUGGACGACCGCGUGUCGGCGCUGGAGCAGCGGCUGCAGCUGCAGGAGGACGAGCUGGCGGUCCUAAAGGCGGCGCUGGCGGACGCGCUGCGUCGCCUGCGGGCGUGCGAAGAACAGGGCGCGGCGCUGCGCGCGAGGGGAACCCCCAAGGGCCGUGCGCCCCCGCGCCUCGGGACCACUGCUUCGGUGUGCCAGCUCCUGAAAGGCCUUCCCACCAGGACGCCCCUCAAUGGCUCGGGACCCCCGCGGCGCGUGGGCGGCUAUGCCACGUCCCCAUCUUCCCCCAAGAAGGAGGCGACCUCCGGGCGCAGCAGCCGCCGCUACUUGUCGCCAGAGCGCCUCGCCUCGGUGCGUCGCGAGGAUCCCCGCAGCCGCACCACGUCCUCCAGCAGCAACUGUAGCGCCAAAAAGGAAGGCAAAACCAAAGAAGUUAUCUUCAGUAUGGAAGAAGGGUCCGUGAAAAUGUUCUUGCGGGGCCGCCCUGUGCCUAUGCUGAUCCCGGAUGAGCUGGCUCCCACCUACAGCCUGGACACGCGCUCCGAGCUGCCUCCCUGCCGCCUCAAGCUGGACUGGGUCUAUGGUUACCGCGGCCGAGACUGCAGGGCCAACCUCUACCUGCUGCCCACGGGGGAGAUCGUGUACUUCGUGGCCUCGGUGGCCGUGCUGUACAGCGUGGAGGAGCAGAGACAGCGCCAUUACCUGGGCCACAACGAUGACAUCAAAUGCCUGGCUGUCCACCCAGAUAUGGUCACCAUCGCCACAGGACAGGUGGCGGGCACCACUAAGGAGGGGAAGCCGCUGCCGCCACACGUGCGCGUCUGGGACUCAGUGUCCCUCUCCACCUUACACGUGCUGGGCCUGGGUGUGUUUGACCGGGCUGUGUGCUGCGUAGGCUUCUCCAAAUCUAAUGGGGGGAACCUAUUGUGUGCCGUGGAUGAGUCCAACGAUCACAUGCUGUCUGUGUGGGACUGGGCCAAGGAGGCCAAGGUGGUGGAUGGCAAGUGCUCUAACGAGGCCGUGCUGGUGGCCACCUUCCACCCCACCGACCCCGCCCUGCUUAUCACCUGCGGCAAAUCCCACAUCUACUUCUGGAGCCUGGAGGGGGGCAGCCUGAGCAAGCGGCAGGGCCUCUUCGAGAAGCACGAGAAACCAAAGUAUGUACUGUGCGUGACCUUUCUGGAAGGUGGUGACGUGGUCACUGGAGACUCUGGUGGGAACCUCUAUGUCUGGGGCAAAGGUGGAAACCGCAUCACGCAGGCAGUCCUGGGCGCCCACGACGGCGGCGUGUUCGGGCUGUGCGCCCUGCGGGACGGGACGCUGGUGUCCGGAGGGGGCCGCGAUCGGCGGGUGGUCCUCUGGGGUUCCGACUACAGCAAGCUGCAGGAGGUGGAGGUCCCUGAGGACUUUGGCCCCGUGCGCACUGUGGCCGAGGGCCGGGGAGAUGCGCUGUAUGUGGGGACCACCCGCAACUCCAUCCUGCAGGGCUCCGUGCACAUGGGCUUCUCGCUACUGGUCCAGGGCCACGUGGAAGAGCUGUGGGGCCUGGCCACACACCCCAGUCAGGCGCAGUUUGUGACGUGCGGGCAGGAUAAGCUGGUGCACCUCUGGUGUUUGGAGUCCCACCAGCCCCUGUGGAGCAGGAUCAUUGAGGACCCCGCCCGCUCAGCCGGCUUCCACCCCAGUGGCUCUGUCCUGGCUGUGGGCACAGUGACUGGCAGGUGGUUGCUGUUGGACACCGAGACCAAUGACCUAGUGGCUAUCCACACCGAUGGCAAUGAGCAGAUCUCAGUGGUCAGUUUCUCCCCAGACGGGGCGUACCUGGCCGUGGGCUCCCACGACAACUUGGUGUACGUGUACACGGUGGACCAGGGCGGCCGCAAGGUCAGCCGCCUGGGCAAGUGCUCGGGCCAUUCCAGUUUUAUCACCCAUCUGGAUUGGGCCCAGGACAGCAGCUGCUUUGUCACAAACUCUGGAGACUACGAGAUUCUGUACUGGGACCCAGCCACCUGUAAGCAGAUCAUCAACGCGGACAUGGUGCGGAACGUGGAGUGGGCCACAGCAACUUGUGUUCUGGGCUUUGGGGUGUUUGGGAUCUGGUCCGAGGGCGUGGACGGCACUGACAUCAACGCUGUGGCUCGCUCCCACGACGGGAGGCUGCUGGCUUCAGCCGACGACUUUGGAAAGGUCCACCUGUUUAGUUACCCGUGCUGCCAGCCUCGAGCCCUCAGCCACAAAUACGGUGGACACAGCAGCCAUGUGACGAAUGUGGCCUUCUUGUGGGAUGACAGUGUGGCCCUGACUACAGGGGGCAAGGAUACCAGCGUGCUGCAGUGGCGGGUGGUCUGAGCAGGGCUUCCGGGGACGCAGGCCCAGGGUAGAGGUGGCAGGGUGGAGUUCUAUUUUCGGGAGAUGUCUAUUGCCGAGUAGAGUAAUAUAUACCCAGAGUAUGUCUAUAGCAGAGGGGGUUAUGCGGGUGGGAGGGUGAGCCAACAGACAGAAGUCUCUAUUUAUCAGGGUGGGAAGAGGGUCACAGUGCUUUGGGGGAGUCACUGGUGUUUGGUUUGAUUUGGGUGGUUUUUUUCUUUUUCUUUUCUUUUUUUUCUUUUUUUUGAGACAAAGAGUCUCACUCUG